AUGACGAUAUCUUUAGUUGGAUUAAUGUUCACGGCGAUUAAAGGUCGAUGCUGUGAUAUGAAAGGAUUAAUGAAUCAUAUAAGGGACGAAAAAUGUUGCUUUUCGCUAUUAAUCCUCAUAAUAGCAAGCAUAUAUACGCAUAUGACAUCACAAGAAUGUCCAUCAAAUCAUACACAUGAAUCAUCGAUAGCACGUUCAGCAUGCCUGAUAGGAUUAAUAAAUUUUAUAGCGAUGUGGACAUUUACUAUAUUGUUAUUAUUGUUAAGUAUAGCUGAUUGUCUCGAUUGUUUUCCAAGCAAGAAACAAGAUAAAAGCAUCGAAUCAAAGUUAAUUGGAUAUUUCCCCCCGGAACGUGAUGAUGAAAUUAUAUACAAAUAA